CUGCAGCACCAACCAAGCCUUCCCUGUUAGGUCCUCCUUCCUUCCUUCAACUAAGGACCAUACCAACCUCCGCUGACAGAAGGGGGGGGGAGUCGGGGAGCAAUUUAUUUUAUUAGAACUGCUUCUCCCUCCCUUCAAGCUCCUUUUUUAUCCUCGGAAUCUUCAAAGGACUAGAAAUAGAUAUAGAGAGGAAGGAAGGAAAAGUCCCCAGAAAGGACUCAGGUUAGGCGAGCGACUACCUCCCCGUCGAGGAGGGGGAAAUAGUGCAGUCGUUAAGAUGGCGGCUACCAUGAAGAAAGCGGCGGCAGAAGAUGUCAACGUCACGUUUGAAGAUCAACAGAAAAUCAACAAGUUUGCAAGAAACACCAGCAGAAUUACAGAACUGAAAGAAGAAAUUGAAGAUAAAAAGAAACAACUUCAGAACCUGGAGGAUGCCUGCGAUGAUGUCAUGAUGCUAGAUGAUGAUUCGCUGCUGAUACCCUAUCAAAUUGGAGACGUCUUCAUUAGCCAUCCUCAAGAUGAAACGCAAGAAAUGUUGGAGGAAGCAAAGAAAAACUUGCAGGAAGAGAUUGGAGCUUUGGAGUCACGCGUAGAAUCCAUACAGCGAGUAUUAUCAGACCUCAAAGUCCAGCUCUAUGCAAAGUUUGGCAACAAUAUAAACCUUGAGGCAGAAGAUAAUUAAACACCCUAGAAAUAGUAUUGGGUUUCUUUUCUUUUGUACUAAUUGUUCCCCUGUUACAAUAAUGUUUUAAGAGGUUCCACCUAUUUUUUUAAAAAGAAAAUUACAUUUGGUUGACUGUUCCAUGUAGUAAAUGAACAGAUCUUGUUUUGCAUACCUAUAAUUAUUUAUGUUAAGACAAUAAAUUCAAAUACCACUGGUGCAUCAUCAA